AUGUCGAUGAUGUUCCCAUCAUUUCAGCUACUAGAGUUGAACAUAAUCUCAGCGCAAGACCUAGCUCCUGUCUCCAGCAAGACAAAGACUUACGCGGUUGCAUGGGUUCACUCCGAGCGUAAACUCACCACGCGCGUCGACUACAACGGCGGAACAAACCCAACGUGGAACGACAAGUUCGUAUUCAGAGUCGACGACGAGUUUCUCUACGCCGACACUUCAGCCGUCGUCAUCGAAAUCUACGCUCUACAUUGGUUCCGAGACGUUCACGUAGGCACGGUCCGUGUCCUCGUCAGCAACCUCAUCCCUCCUAGCCGUCGUCCAGGGUACAGAACCGGCAACAACAACGACUACCACCAUCGCACUACGCCACCUCAGGGAAUGAGAUUCGUCGCGCUUCAGGUUCGUCGUGCCUCGGGUCGACCUCAGGGGAUAUUGAACAUCGGUGUUGGAGUGCUUGAUGGUUCCAUGAGAAGCAUGCCGCUUUACACGCAUAUGGAUUCCUCUGCUGUGGGGUAUAGAGAUUUGCUAGGCGAAGAGGAUCGUCAUCUACAGCAUUUGCAUUUGAAUAGUAACAAAGGAAGCUCUAAGAAUCCACAAUCUCCGUCUUCGAGGCAGUUUCAGUCUGUGGUCUCGAGACCAGAGCUCCGUCGUACGAAGAGCGAUACGAGCUCGAUGGUUGUUUCGGAUCUUUUAAGCAGAGUUGAACGUAGCCGGUUAGCUAGACAGCCGGCAAGCGCAUUAGUAAGCACUGAAUCCGAAACUGAACCAACCACGACCGAUACUGAUGCCACGGAGAUAAAAGAGAAUGGACCUAAAGUCAUGAAGCAAAUAUACGAACCAGACUUCAUAGAUCCACAGCCAAGGGUGGUUGUCACGAAUCAGACCUCAUACCAUCAGUCGUCACGUAAAACACCUAGAAAAGUGACAAUGAACGAGAAACAUAGACCGGUUAAGGCUCGAGCGUCACCGUAUUUAUCAAGACAUGGAACGCCGUUGAGAUCUAACAUCGUUGCAUCUUCUCCUAUGCAUCCUAACGGUAACGGAGUUAGGUCAACACCGAUGAGAUCAAAUAUCGUCGCCAUGUCUCCCAUGCAUCCCAACAUGACUCCCAUGACACCCAUGCAGACUCCUAUGCGUUCCAACAUGACUCCCAUGCAGACUCCUAUGCGUUCCAACGUGCUUAGAUCGACUACUCCAAUGAGACCAAACUACAUGUCCACACCGAUGAGGGCAUCGAACUUAGCUGGGAGGAGAAUCUUGACCGAGUCUGAGUUAGGUCCAUCGCCAUCAGAAGUCGCCGAGAAGAUCGCCAAAGAGAGGUCUCACGCUAACGACACGGAGAGCUCGAUACUCAGCGAGUGGAGCAUCGACGAAACUAGCGUGGAAGGACUACGUUCGAAACUCCAGAGGUGGCGUACGGAGCUGCCACCGUUGUAUGAUAUAGGAUCGAGCCAAGUGAGCAGCACCGAGUACGACGGUUCAACGGUCGUCCCUGGAGGAAGGAGCUCUAGACAGAAAACUCCAGCGGUGAAGAAGAGACAUAGUCGUAGGCAUACUGAGGGAGGUAAUGGACUUUUCUCGUGUUUUAGUAAGAUUUGCGGCGUGGAAUGCAGUUUUGCGUGCGGUGGUGGUGGUGGUGGUGGCACGGAUCAUGACGAGUCGAGGAAAGGUAGGGGUGGUCGCGUGCAUCGCACCUACUCUGCUUCUGAUUUGAGCUCUUUGUGA